AUGAGGGGCGGCGGGCGGCAGCGCACGCUGCCUCAGGCCUGGCGGGGGCCGCGCGGCGCGGAGGAGGCGGCCCCCGACGAGCUGGAGGCGGCGGCGGCGGCCCCCGACGAGCUGGAGGCGGCGGCGGCCCCCGGGGCGGCGGCGGCGGGGGGCGGUUUCUGCGCGGCGGCCGGGGCGCUCUGGAUCUACCCCACCAACUGCCCGGUGCGCGGCUACCAGCUACGCAUGGCCGGCGCGGCGCUGCUGGCCAACACGCUGGUGUGCCUGCCCACGGGGCUGGGCAAGACCUUCGUGGCCGCCGUGGUGAUGUACAACUUCUACCGCUGGUUCCCCUCGGGCAAGGUGCUCUUCCUCGCCCCCACGAAGCCGCUGGUGGCGCAGCAGAUGGAGGCCUGCGCCCGCCUCAUGGGCAUCCCCGCCCGCCACAUGGCCGAGAUGACAGGGGGAACCCAGGUCCUCAAUCGGAGGGAACUAUGGACUCUCAAAAGAGUAUUUUUUCUCACACCGCAAAUAAUGGUGAAUGAUCUUUCCCGUGGAACUUGCCCUGCUGUAGAGGUUAAAUGUUUGGUUAUUGAUGAAGCCCACAAAGCUCUUGGAAAUCACGCCUACUGUCAGGUUGUGAAGGAACUAAGCAAAUACACAAAUCAGUUUCGGAUCUUGGCCCUCAGUGCCACACCAGGCAGCGAUACAAAGGCUGUGCAGCAAGUUAUUACCAACUUACUCAUUGCGAAGAUAGAGCUGUGUUCUGAAGAUUCUCCAGAAAUUCAGCCUUAUUCACAUGAACGGUGUGUGGAAAAAAUUGUUGUUCCACUUGGUGAAGAGUUAGUAGAAUUUCAGAAUGCUUAUAUCCGGGUGCUAGAAGCAUUUGCUGGACGCCUGAUUAAAAUAGGAGUUUUAGCAAGGCGAGAUAUUCCCAGCCUUACAAAGUAUCAGAUAAUUCUAGCAAGGGAUCAGUUUAGAAAAAACCCUUCUUCACAAAAUGCGGGAAUACAGCAAGGUACAAUUGAAGGAGAUUUUGCACUUUGUAUCAGUUUAUAUCAUGGUUAUGAGCUACUGCUGCAAAUGGGAUUACGAUCAUUAUUUAUCUACCUUUUUGGAAUUAUGGAUGGAUCAAAAGGAUUAACUCGUACAAGAAAUGAACUUGGUCGUAAUGAGGACUUCAUGAAGCUGUAUCAGCAGCUAAGGGACAUGUUUUCAGACACAUCUCUGACUUCAGCAAAUGGAAGUCUUUACAAGGAAAGAACAGUGUCUGAAAAUAAAAAAGAAUUUAUUUAUAGUCAUCCAAAAUUAAGGAAAUUGGAAGAAAUUGUAACAAAACACUUUGAAUCCUGGAAUAAAGGAUGUUCUGGUCAAAACAUGACUGAAAACAAAUCGAUGGACACCAGAGUAAUGAUCUUCUCAUCAUUUCGAGAUAGCGUGCAAGAAAUUGCAGAGAUGCUUUCCCGGCUCCAUCCUGUUGUCAGAGUCAUGACUUUUGUUGGCCAUUCCACAGGGAAGAGCACCAAAGGCUUCACGCAGAAGGAGCAACUUGAGGUGGUGAAACGCUUUCGUGAAGGUGGAUAUAACACUCUGGUCUCUACGUGUGUUGGGGAAGAAGGCUUAGACAUUGGAGAAGUCGAUCUCAUAGUCUGCUUCGAUGCUCAGAAAAGUCCGAUUCGCCUUGUGCAGCGAAUGGGCCGAACGGGGCGCAAGCGGCGAGGCAGGAUCGUAGUUAUCCUUGCGGAAGGGCGGGAGGAGCGGACUUACAAUCAAAGCCAGUCUAACAAGAAGAGCAUUCACAAAGCUAUUGCAGAAAACAAAAUGCUUCAUUUUUACCAGCAUAGCCCACGUAUGAUUCCAGAAGGCAUAAAUCCAAAGUUGCAUAAAAUGUUCAUCACUACGGAAAAAUACGAACCAAACAGUUCAGGAGUGCUUUCCAAAGAGAGAAGAUCUAGUUCUCUCCAGAACAAAUCUGCUCUUUUUUCCUGUGUCACUGGCACAAAGGAAAUGCACUGUCAUGAGAACUGGUCUCUGUCAUCUGAGGAAUUUGAAAUAUGGGACAAACUUUACAGGCUUAAAGAAAAUGAUGGAGUAAAGGAACUGAUACUGCCUCAAAUCCAGUUUGAAACUUUAGAAAACCUGGAGGAAAUAUCAAAGCCUAAAGAGGAGGGCACUCAUGAACUUUCCUUGUCUGAGUGGAGAAUCUGGCAGAAUCGUCCUUUUCCUACCUUUAUGGUUGACCACUCAGAUCGCUGUCACCAUUUUAUUAGUGUUAUGGAAAUGAUAGAGAUGAUGAGGCACGAAAAGGGAGAUUGCAGCUAUGAAUUGGAGAUUCAGCCUUACUUACACAUUGAAGAUAUUAAUGUUCAAAGGAAUAAAAGCCCUUUUUCCAUGACCAGCUCUGCAUUUGAUCAGAAAGCACAGUCGUUUCGAAAAAACAUGGUACACAGAUCCAAAGUAAAACCAUUUUUGCCUUACAUAAAUGAUACUGAGAGUGAUUUCACUUCUGUAUUUAAAAUAACAAAGACCCUCCGAAGAACUUAUGGGUUAAAUCAGGAAGUGCCUGGGUUGCCUACAGAAACUAAUGCUUUAGAUUCUUGCUCAGCAAGGGGACUUGCACUAGUUGAAAAUCCUGAUCAGAGUAGUCAAGAAGAUGCUGAAAUAGAGAAGGUGACGUUUGACUUGAAUGAAUUUAUUGACUUAUGCGACAGCAGUGAAAGUACUAUAAAUCAUGAAAGUACCAUAAUAAAGGAAUGCAAAUCUGUGGACAAACUUUAUAGCUCGCUGGGUGCGAACCAUGCAGAUUCUGGUUAUGGUAGCUUUACAGUUGAGAAAUCACCUGUUUCUUCUGGCUUAUUUUAUCUUCCUGAAUCAAAGUUAGAUUCAUUUGCACUUGUGACACCGUCUGAGGAAUCUUCUUGGUUAAAAGGAGUAUUUUCCUGUGUACAAAGGCUUUUAUCGCAAUCUCCGCCACCAUUGAAUAAGCUUGGUGAUUUUGAAAGCUCUAUGGGAAAUGAGGAAGAAGCAGUCUGUCCUUUUCAAACUGCUGUUGCAAACAGUUCUUCAGACAGACUGCAGGACAAAGUCUUUCCUGAUUCUUCUGGAGCUGAUCAUUCAAUACUACCGUUUGAAAAUCCUUCUGAGCUAAGAGCCACCAGUGAAUUGUGUGCCUCUGUAAAUAGUGGUCUUGCAAAAACUGUAUUAUCUGACGAGGCUGCUGUUGAUAAAGCCAAAGAGGAGCUUCACUGGAGUGACAGCUUCGAUAGUGUGUUUGACAGUGAAGAACUCAGAGAAAUUCAACAGAAAAUGCUAACAAUAAAUCAUGUUCUGGCAAAUAGCCCUUCAAAAAAAUGUUUCAUUCAGGAAGGUAAAGAUCUUGCAAUGAACGAGAAAAAAGUGAUUACUGAUGAGCAGAAGAGUAUACAUUUAUUUGAAGAUGAGCCCAUUUAUGAAAUAAAUAAUGAUUUUUUUUCUGCAAAUGAUAAACAUUUAGACUUGUCAAAUGCGGGUGAGAAUGUUACUUGGCCAGCUGCAGGAGAAGGCUCUGAAUGGUUACGUUCUGAGGAGUGCUGCACGAACACUGACAGAACCUGCCGGGAGCUGCCAAUAACCAGUAAAAUCACACCUACGAAAAUAUCGGGUGAUAUUAGUGUGACUGAGCAAUUUCUGGAUGAUGAAGAUCUAUAUGAGUGUUCUGAAGAAUUGUUUUCUGUUACCUUUGAUCUGGGGUUUUCUUUUGAAGAAGGUGAGAAUGAAAUCUUAGAAGAAGAAGAUAUGAAAGCUGAUAAUAUCAAAAAAGCAAAUAGUGCUUCAGGUGAUCAUGCGGAUGUUAGAUCCACUGAAGAUAAAUUACUGAAUGGUAACUCCAGGCUUCGAACACCGCCAAAAAGGGACAGUAAAACUCUUGAGAGUGCAAACUUUUUCACACAGUUGCCAUCCCAGAGCUGGAGCACAAAUCACACAAAAAUGAUGGGGGAUGCUGCCACUGCAGUUUCUUCUGUGAAGUCAGGAGACAGAAUGGGAAGUGGAUCACCUGAAGCUUUGGCUUCUUCACUUUCUGCUCCAACAGGAAGAAAACCUCUGACUGUUGAAGGAACAAGCAGUGAAAGUGAGGAAGAGAUUGUUAUCCAAAGAAAAAAUAGGAAAAAAGAAAAUGUUUUGAAGUCCCCUGAUGUUAUAAAUGACAGUGAUUUUGAAUCGCCGGUUCGCGCUGUCAGAAAACGUAGAUGCCUGCUUAACAUGUCAGAUGUGUCCAGUGAUGACAGCAUGGAUUUUCAGAAGAGCUCCAGGAGGACCAUGGAGAGCAGCUCAGCAGCCUGUAACGAGAAACAGUCAAGAAGUGUGAAACGGCAAAAGGUCAAGAGCAACUUUAUAUGCAAGAAUGCAGCAAGGCAGUUUUUAGAGGAAGAAGCUGAGCUUUCCCAACAAGAUGCAGAUGAUGUUUCAUCUGAUGAGAGUGACGAUUCAGAGAAUGAGCUGAGCUCUUCACUCGCCCAGUUUCUCAAUGAUGAUACAGAGAUCACACAAGUGUUAAAUGACUCUGAGAUGAAAGGAGUUUACCUGAAAUCUGUGCGUAGUCCAGCUCUUGGCAAUAGAUACAAAAUGGUUCACCGUGGAUUCAACAGCACGGAGAUUUUCUCACAGAUUCCUGAGCAGGACGAGGCUUAUGCAGAAGACAGUUUCUGUGUUGCAGAGGAGGAAGAGGAAACUUGCAGAAAAAGUGAAUCUAGUGAGGAGGAAGUGUGUGUUAAUUUUGAUCUCCUAGAUGAUGAGAGUUUUGCUAAGGGAAGAAAACAAUACCUCACUCGCCGUAGAAGAAAACUGAACCAGGCCAAAAUGGAAGAGGACUAUACUGCUCCAGUGCCAAAGAAGAAACCGUCACGAAUUAUUGUCCUUGAUGACUCCAGUGGGGAGGAAACGAGUGUCAGUAACAAGAAGCCUGUGAAAACGGGCUGUUUCAGGACAGAACAGGAAAAUGCUCAGUUACCCAGAUCAUUGCCUUCAGACUCUUCAGCACAGCACAGGGAAAUUGCUAGAGAAAUCAGUGCUCAUCCACCCAUGGAGAGUAAGGAUCAGAUGCUUCUUAGCUUGAAGGCUUCAGUAUCUGAAACGCUCGAUUUUCACCCGGAAGGUCAAGUCAGGGGCACGUGUUCCUCAUCGACUGUCACUAGUUCUGAUUCCAAGAAAGAGGAUCUUCAGGCUGCUGCUGAGGUGGAAACUUCUUUGAAGAACACCUGUAUGAACCUGUCAGCUGCAUCCUGUUCUGCUUCCAGAAAACCCUCAUCAAUGACAAGUCUUAUUUCAAGUGACCCUCUGGAGAAAAAGGCUUCACUUUGUAUUCUGGUAGACAGUCGUGAGAUCUCCUCAGGACCAGAUAUAAUAUCUUCCCUGAAGGCAGUUCAUGGCGUAAAGGUGCAGGUUUGCUCGCUGAGCAGCAGCGAUUACAUUGUGAGCAACCGCAUGGCAGUGGAAAGGAAAUUUCAGUCAGAAUUACUGAACUCUGUCAAUAGGACUAAAGUUAUCCAGCGGAUCCAGCGCUUGCAGAGCAUGUUUGAGAGAAUAUGUGUGAUUGUGGAAAAGGACAGGAUUAAAGCAGGAGAAACGUCAAGAUUUUUCCAAAGGACUCAGUACUAUGAUGGAGUGCUCUCAGCCUUGGUCCAAGCUGGGAUCCGAAUCCUUUUUAGCUCUUGCCAAGAGGAAUCUGCCACUUUGCUGAAAGACUUGGCGUUGGUGGAGCAAAGAAAAAAUGCUGCUAUUCUUGUGCCAGCCGAAGUGGAGGGUCACAGACAGGAGAUGCUCAACUUCUACUUGAGUAUUCCUAACAUCAGCUACUUGGCUGCACUCAACAUGUGCCACUAUUUUGACUCCGUGAAGAAGAUGGCCAACAGCUCCCCGCGGGACAUAGCCACCUGCGCCCACGUCAGCCAGCAGAAGGCCGAGGAGAUCUACCGCUACCUCCGCUACGGUUUUGACGUGCAGAUGCUGCCUGAAAAUCUCCGCACGAAAGGGAAAAGCAGCGCAGCUUCCAAGAGCUGAGAUGAGUGAGAUGUGGCCUCCAGAGCUGGAGGCUGUUUUCUUUUAACUGCACUUUAUUAAGUUUUGAUUCAGUGUAAAAUAUGUAAAUAAAUCCUUGCAGAAGAGUCAGGGGGUUUGGGUGGGUUGAUAGACCCCUCCCUGCGCGUUUCUCUGGUUGUGACUCAACGAAAGGCCGUGUCACUGCGGCGCAGCCAGCCCGUGGCACAGGGCGAGGCCGGAGCACUGCUGGGCUGCAGCUUUUUGCUGCCACACUGUGGUCGCCUGGAAAAAGAUGUUUUUUUUUCCUUCCUGUCCCUUUCUAGCACCAGCCUCAUUUGCUUUCGUGAAGAGACUGUGUGCGCGUAACGGGGAGACAAAUAUUCUUGCUAGCCCAUGAGAGGGUGCAUGAAGCUAAGGUAGACUAUGCGUGUGCUUUUGGAAAGCAGAAGACUUGAUGUCAGCCACUGGUGCCAUUAAAAAAGAAGAGUAGCAGAAGGAAAACACACAGGUCCAGCUAGCCAAACAAGCCUCGCUAUGGGGACUGGGAGCUAGUCUUCAUUUUGCACUGGCAGGAUUAAAAGUGAGCUGGAUCUGUGCAAAAAUUAGUUAAAACUUCUUAAGGCUCCUCUGUAAUUUGCUGUUUUCUCCUGCACCAUUUAAAACAAGCACUUUGCCUUUGGAAGCAGGGAAGAUGCAAAAAAAAAAGAUCUGUUUAAUCCACGAUGCGUCAGGGAGGCCAAUGGACGCAGCAGAGGCAAGCGACACCCUGUAGCCCCAGGCACGCUGAUAUUUGGUACCCCAACUGUGAGGGGCCUGUAUGGUUUAAUAAGGCUUGUUUUAGCUUAAGCUCAUCUUUUCUAGUAAGUGAUUUCAAAGGCUUGUAAAGGCCUGAAACCAGUUGGGAGUGGGCAGGAAGAGGAGGCAGCAUCCAUAGUUUAACAGUUUGAGCAAGCAAAUGCGAGCAGUUUCAGCAGGCUGAAUACAGGUGCACUAAGGGCCUGGGGCUCUUUCACAGGCUUUUUUGGGGGGUGGGGGGAUCCU